AUGUCGAUGUGGACAACUUUAGCCCUGAUUACUCUUCUCAACAGUUUCUUAUCGUCAGCAUCUGUUGCGGCUCCUGCUAUAGAUGUUUACAUUAGCAGUGAAGGUUGUGACGAUCGGCCAAAGACACCGAACACAUGUGGAAUUGCUUACAUCAAGGUGAACGGUGAGGAUUAUUCUCGUCACGGCAGAGGACAUAAUGUUGUUGUUGUGGACGGAGCAACAGGUGUCAUUCUUGAUUCAAAAGUGUUCGACACGUACGGGAUUAUAUCUGCCGGCAGAAACCUCAGGGACUACCUCAACAACAUUAAAGGAAACAAAAUCGUUUUGGUCGGUGUUCAAGACGAAGGUUCGAGAUAUGCUUCAUCAGCGGUUAGUGCUCUUAAAAGACUGGGGGCUAGUGAUCCUGUUCUUGGAAGCUUUCGGUCUUCUUUUGCAUUUGCUGGUUACGCGGGCACAGGACAACCAGCCUGGAUGACACAACAAAAGAUACAGCAGUGGAAAGCGAGAUAUCAUGGGCCCAGUCAAAUAACUCUGAAAAUUCCCCCCUCAUCAAGUAUGUCAAGUCAGUAUAGUCUGUUGCACUUAUGA